GUAAAUGCUUAUGCAUAAAACCGAGCAUCAGGUGACGAGAAUCGAGAUGACGUCAGAACCAGCUGAUCAACAUCACUUCCUGAAUGGAACUCGCGGUGUUUUGACGGAGACUGUCUUCAAAUCAUUAUCGGAUCAUCCUUCAUGUAAAUUCUCUCGCAUUUACAGUUCUGGGCGUUUCGACUGCGGACACGUUCUCUCCAUGAAUACUUCAGAUAGUGAAGAGGACUCUUAUAAUGAGAGAUCCGCUCUGGUCCAGUCUGAAAGCCCAACAAUACCCACGUACAGUCAAGAUCACGACAUGUCUCUGCCCCAGGACACAGACACCAAACAGCGACGGCCACUCAGCUCAGAUCCGGAUGAAGCAGGGCAGGUGGAGAGAGAGAGAGCGGUCACUCCUGAUGGGGAGGAAGAAGAGCUGACCCUCAAAUAUGGCGCCAAGCACGUCAUUAUGCUCUUCAUCCCUGUUACGCUCUGCAUGGUGGUCGUUGUGGCAACGAUAAAAUCUGUCAGUUUCUACACGGAGAAGAGCGGACAGCAGCUCAUCUACACUCCCUUCGAAGAGGAUCCAAACAAUGUGGGUCAGAGGCUGCUGUCGUCCUUCCUUAACACCAUCGUCAUGAUCAGUGUCAUCGUUGUCAUGACGAUCAUACUUGUGCUGCUUUACAAGUAUCGCUGCUAUAAAUUUAUUCAUGGCUGGCUGAUUCUGUCUUCCCUGAUGUUGCUUUUCUGGUUCAGCUUCAUGUAUCUGGGAGAGGUGUUUAAGACAUACAACGUUGCCUUGGACUACCCAACAUUAGCAAUGAUCAUUUGGAAUUUCGGCGUGGUGGGAAUGAUCUGCAUCCACUGGAAAGGUCCCUUAAGGCUGCAGCAGGCGUAUCUUAUCAUCAUCAGCGCUCUCAUGGCUCUCAUUUUCAUCAAAUACCUCCCUGAGUGGUCGGCGUGGGUCAUACUGGGAGCCAUUUCUAUUUAUGAUCUGAUAGCAGUGCUGAGCCCAAAAGGCCCAUUGAGGAUGCUGGUCGAGACGGCGCAAGAAAGAAACGAGCCAAUUUUCCCAGCCCUCAUAUACUCAUCUGCUAUGGUCUGGAUGGUAGGCAUGGCAGAUUCUGGUCAUCAGGAUUCAGCCAGUGAAAGACAACUCGGUGAGGGCGGAGCUCGGCCACAGCAAGGGGUGGAGUCAGAUGAUGAUGCACCCCAAGGACAGAGGCAAGGAUAUUCAGCAGAAGAGGACCUUGAAGAAGACCGAGGGGUAAAACUGGGACUUGGAGACUUCAUCUUCUAUAGUGUUCUGGUGGGAAAGGCAGCUGCCACCGGAGGAGACUGGAACACCACGCUGGCCUGUUUCGUGGCCAUUCUCAUUGGACUGUGUUUGACACUUCUCCUGCUGGCCAUUUUCAAGAAGGCCCUGCCGGCUCUACCCAUCUCCAUCACGUUCGGUCUUGUCUUCUACUUCUCCACUGACAAUCUGGUACAGCCCUUCAUGGACAGCCUGGCGGCCCACCAGUACUACAUCUGACAGAAUCCCACCGGGUUACAGAAGACUUUUUAAAACCCCUUCAGUUGAUAUGUUUAAACAAGAUGAAGACUUUUUUUGUUUUCAUGAAUCUGAGCUGGUUUCAGUCUGAUUUGAAGCUGUGGGUGAGGAGCUGAAAUCUUGACAAUGUUACAAGCAAAGCUAUUACAGUUAUGAGGUGGUCAAAACAGAGCAGCUUUUUCAAAUGCAGAAUAGUUUCACUAUUUCGCGUACCUUAUGAAAAGGUAAACGGGGGUGCAAGUCAGACAGGUGUUGAAAUUUUUUUUUUCAUAGUAAAUAAUAUACAUAAAAUAAUUUUUUAAAUAUGAAGGAAAAGAUUGUUUGCAUUUGUGGCCUGUUCCCAGCUGGUGUGUGAACGUGCAGUAGGUCUGCCAGAGGUUAAAGCUUUACCGCAUAAUAAACUAAUGACACAAACUUACAUUUGCUUUGCAAAUAUUCAUUUUUUUAAUUAAAUAGCCCCAUGGAUGUUUACCAUUAUAUUUGUUUUAAAUCAUAUUUCUUGGCUCUGGUUAGGUUACUGUUUUUUUGUGUGGAUGAAAGCCACAUUCACAUCAGUUCACGAGUUUAAAUAGGGUCCUUUGUUUACAAUAAUCUGGAAAUUCUUCGAGACGGGCAAUAUCAAAUUUUGCACACUGGGAAUUGAUUUAAGAACUUCUAGACUGACCAAUAGUGGAGAUGGCGGCUCAUAUAUAUUGUUGGUGCCUUUGUUGUUGUUUUUUGUACCACAAUGGAGUUGCAGUGUUGUAGUUACAUAAACCACAGAAGCUAGAAACAAAAAUGUCUCACACCAGUUUGGGGUUGUAAGCAGGUCAGUAAUAUGUAACAGGUCAUGUAUUUUUGUUUUUAAUCAUGCUGUUUAUAAUUUUCCCAGCAUCUUAAGUUAAACCCCAGUAUAAAACAUUUUGAAUUAAGUAAUAGUUUUUAAUAAUGACUAUUGAAUAAUAAUUUCUCUCAAACUAAAAGUAAAUUGAAUGCUCUGAGAUUGAAUUAAUGUACUGUUCUUUUUAUUAGCUUUAACAAAAACCAUUGCUGUCUAAGAUACUGCUCUAUGAAAAUAGAGACAUGUUAGUUAUGGUUGCUUUAGUUGGCUCUUUAAAACUGAUGAAAGCAGUUUGGCGAUAUUUUGCCAGUUUCAACUUUAUACUGAAGAAAUUAUAUUUACUAAAAAUUAAAUUUAUAUGUUUAUGAUUCAAAAUUCUUUCAUUUACUAGUUUUGUUUUUUAUCGUGUACAAUGCUUUGUGUUGUGUAAUAAAAUAUUGAUCAAGCAAAUUAAUCCGAAUGAUUUCUUUGGGAUAUGCUGUACAACCACGUUUUCUAAUAUUUUAACUUUUUUGUGGUUUUACUCCUCAGCAACCUGUUAAUAAAAAUAACAGAAAUCUC